AUGGUGGUUGUCGCAGCACUCAACAGCCCGGAAAAUCUCACGAGAAUAUUCAUCGAACUCAAAUCAAAACAUGAAGACCGUCGACAAAAAGCAGCUGAAGAGUUGCGUGAAACGGUGGCAACCGCAGCUAGAGAGCUAUCCGACGAGAGCCUUGCACGAUUUACCAAUGAUAUCAACAAACGCAUUGCUGAAUUGACCCAUGGCAGCGACAAUAAUGAAAAGUUGGGAGCUAUUGCUGCUAUUGAUCGAUUGAUUGAUUUGGAACCUGAUGGCAACGCCAACCGAUUUCACAACUAUCUACGUAUCAUGCUUCCUUACAAUGAUGCUCAAGUCAUGAUUCCUGCAGCUCGUGCUUUGGGUCGUCUCGCAGCUAGUUCAUCCACAUUCACAGCCGAUCUUGUGGAUACUCAGGUGGAACAUGCUCUUGAAUGGCUCCAUGGAGAUCGUAGUCGUCUUGGUGCCGUAUUGGUCCUUCGUGAACUUGCCGUCAACACUCCCACCUUGAUUUAUGCAUACGUCCAUCGUAUCCUCGAACUCAUAUGGGUGGCAUUGCGUGAUCCUCGACAAAUCAUACGUGAAAAUGCAGCCGAUUGUCUAAGUCAGUGUCUGGAAAUCGUUCAGCGACGUGAAACGCCCUUACGACAAACGUGGUACAAGAAGAUCUGGAGUGAGGCAAAUAAGGGUCUACAUUUGCACACAGCAGAAACAACACAUGCUAGUUUAUUAGCCAUGAGAGAACUCUUGUUGCAUGCUGGCAUGUUUAUGACGGAUAAUUAUCAAAAGGUGUGCGAUAGCACAUUGGACAGGAUGAAUCAUAGAGAUCAUUUGAUUCGCAAAACGGUUGUCUCCAUGAUCCCAACAUUGGCUGCUUUUGAUCCCGAUACAUUUGCACAUGAAUAUCUCAAUCGAUGCAUGCAACAUCUCUUGGGCCUCUUACGAAAGGAUAGGGAUAAACGUGAUGCAUUCAUUGCCAUUGGUGACGUUGCUGUCCAGGUCAAGAGCAAUAUGAACCCAUAUCUUUCAUCAACGCUUAUGGCUGUCAAGGAAUCAUUAUCUGUAAAGGGUCGUCAACGUAAAGAGAUCGAGGCUGCCAGCUUUUAUUGCGUCAGCAAGUUAGCAACUGCGGUUGGCCAAGCAUUGACGAAGCAUAUGCAUGACCUUUUGGAUUUGAUGUUCAAUUGCGGCUUAUCGGAGCCGUUGGUGCAAGCUCUUAGUAAUAUCAGUGAACGCAUUAAGCCAUUAUCAAGGACCAUUCAAGAUCGCCUUUUGAAUGUGAUCUCUAUUACGCUAUGUGGACAACCCUACAAGCAACCUGGAGCACCGACCAAUCGCAACAUUAUGCAAACAGCUGAACGUCCUAUACGCGAGGGAGGAACGGUUGAUGGAAAGGAGCACGAUGUUAUUGUUCACGCCUUAAAGACACUUGGAUGGUUCGACUUUUCAAAUCACGUUUUGAACGAGUUUGUACGCGACUGCAUUGUGAAUUACCUCGACGACGACUUUCCCGAAGUACGAAAAGCGGCAGCUGUCACGUGUUGUCAACUCUUUGUGCGUGAUCCUAUAUGCAAUCAGACAAGUGCACAUGCUAUCAAGGUCGUUGGUGAAGUAUUGGAAAAGCUGUUGACAGUGGGUAUUGCAGACCCAGAUCCAGUGAUUCGUGAAACGGUGCUUUCAUCACUCGAUGCUCGCUUUGACCGCCAUCUUGCACAAGCUGAUAAUGUUCGAUCUCUUUUUAUUGCAUUGAACGACGAGGUGUUUGCUAUCCGUGAAAUUGCUAUCACUAUUAUCGGCCGAUUGACAACCUACAACCCCGCUUAUGUAAUGCCAUCCUUACGCAAGACUUUGAUACAGCUCUUGACAGAAUUGGAAUAUUCGGUCGUCAGCAGACAAAAGGAAGAAUCAGCUCGUUUAGUCUCGCUAUUGGUGGGAGCAGCACAACGUUUGACGCGCCCUUAUAUUGAACCAAUCCUCAAAGUCCUUAUGCCAAAAGCUCGUGAUUCAUCACCGGGUGUUGUUUCAGCCGUUCUUGGUGCGCUUGGCGAAUUGGCAGCUGUCAGCGGUGAAGAUUUGAUACCACAUUUGGAUGAAUUGAUGCCGUUGAUCAUGGAGACUCUUCAAGAUCAAAGCUCGAGUGCAAAGCGGGACGCUGCUCUACGAACGCUAGGCCAAUUAGCAAGCAACACCGGCUUUGUGAUUGAGCCCUAUAUGAAGUAUCCUGCUCUUCUCAAUAUCCUUAUUGGCAUUCUUAAGGCCGAGCAAAAUGUGGCAAUUCGACGUGAAACGGUUAAACUCAUGGGUAUUCUUGGUGCUUUGGAUCCUUACAGACACAAGAUGAAUGCCAUUGAAACAUCAAGUGAAGCUCUUGCCGAUACCAAGCUUGCCAGCAAUGAUGUCACGUUGUUGAUGAUGGGUAUUGGUCCCUCUUCAGAAGACUAUUAUCCACAAGUUGUGAUGCAUUCCUUGAUGAAAAUCCUAAAGGAUCCUUCCUUGACAGCACAUCAUCAUACGGCUAUCGAGGCUGUCAUGUACAUAUUCAAUUCUCUUGGUCUCAAGGUCGUUCAAUUUUUACCUGUCAUUGUUCCUGGAUUCUUGUCAUUAAUGCGAUCAUGCAAUGCGAGUAUGCUUGAGAUGUACAUUCACAAGCUGGGUGAUUUGGUGACCAUUGUCAAGCAACACAUCCGCAAUUACUUGAAGGACAUUUUCGACUUGAUUGAUGAAUACUGGAUGCCCGUAUCGUCCCUUCAAAUCAACAUCAUCUCCCUCAUUGAAGCCAUUGCCAAAGCCCUCGAUGGUGAACUCAAGAUUUAUUUGCCUCGAUUACUCCCCCACAUGUUACAGAUCUUCGACAAUGAUACAAGUGAACGACGUCAACCCACCGCCAAGGUUCUCCAUGCAUUUGUCAUUUUUGGUGCAAACAUUGAAGAGUACAUGCAUUUGGUUAUCCCCGUUGUUGUCAAGUUGUUUGAAAAGCCCGAUGCACCUGUCAAUGUCCGCCGUGAAGCUCUCACAACAAUUACUGCCUUGUCCAAGCGUGUCAACAUGUUUGAUUAUGCAUCCCGCAUCAUCCAUCCACUUGCUCGUGUAUUACCUACCUUGCCAUUGGAAACUCGCAAUGCUGCCAUGGAUCUUCUUUGUGCUCUUAUCUUCCAACUUGGUACUGAUUAUGCAAAAUUCAUUCCUGCCAUCAAUAAGGUCUUAACUCAACAUCGGAUAUCACAUGCAAACUAUGAGCUGCUGGUGGGCAAAUUGUUGAAAGGAGAGAAUCUUCCUCAAGAAUUAGGAAAGACGCUUAAUGAUCGUGACAUACGAGCAGAUGAGACUCCUUCAGCUGAUUUGAGCGCAGCAAAGAAACCACCCGUCAAUCAACAGCAUUUGAAGAAGGCUUGGGAGGCAUCACAGCGAUCAACAAAGGAAGAUUGGAUGGAAUGGAUUCGUCGCUUGAGUGUAGAGCUUUUGAAGCAGUCGCCAUCACACGCUCUUCGAGCUUGCGUCUUCUUGGCUAGCGCAUACACACCUUUGGCCCGAGAAUUAUUCAAUGCAGCAUUCGUGUCUUGUUGGUAUGAGCUUUACGAUCAAUACAAGGAUGAAUUGGUCGCAUCUUUGGAAACGGCACUCAAGGCACCCAACAUCCCACCUGAAAUCAUUCAGAUCUUGUUGCACUUGGCUGAGUUUAUGGAGCAUGACAACAACAAUAAGACGCUACCUAUCGAUAUAAGGACCCUUGCCAUCUAUGCUCAGAAAUGUCACGCGUAUGCCAAGGCGUUGCACUACAAGGAAAUGGAAUUCCACCUUGAACAAUCCUUUGAGGCUGUUGAGAUGCUCAUGUCUAUCAACAACUUGUUGCAACAACCCGAUGCUGCUAUGGGUAUUCUUACCUUUGCACAAGAUUCGCUGAAAUUGGAACGUAAAGUAUCAUGGCUUGAAAAGUUGCACCGCUAUCAGGACGCUCUCGAUGCCUAUGAAGCACAACAACGCGAGAACCCCAACUCGAUGGAAAUCACUAUGGGUCGUAUGAGAUGUUUGCAUGCUCUUGGUGAAUGGGAACAACUUGCUACGCUUGCACAAGAGAAAUGGAUUCAUGCACCACCUGAGAAUCGUAAAAACAUGGCACCUUUGGCAGCAGCAGCAGCAUGGGGCUUGGGUCAAUGGGAGCAAAUGGAAGAGUACAUUGCUUUACUCAAGCCUGAGAGUCCUGAUCGCACAUUCUUCCGUGCUAUCCUUGCCAUGCACCGCAAUCGAUAUGCUGAGGCUGAAGCAUUCAUUUCAAAGACACGUGAUCUUUUGGAUACCGAAUUGACCGCUUUGCUUGGUGAAAGCUAUAGCCGUGCCUAUGCUACAGUCGUGCGUGUACAAAUGUUGGCCGAGCUUGAGGAAAUGAUUGCUUACAAGCAAGCUGGCAGCGAUUCGGAUCGACCACGAGAAGAUUCUGAAAAGCAAAGAGCCAUUCGACGAACAUGGGUUAAACGUUUGGAAGGAUGUGAACGCAAUGUUGAAGUAUGGCAACGUAUUUUGCGUGUUCGAGCUAUGGUGGUUUCACCUGAAGAUGACAUGGAAAUGUGGAUCAAGUUUGCCAACCUUUGUCGCAAGAGUGGACGAUUCUCGCUUUCAGAGUCAACAUUGCGUAGUCUCAUGCAAGCUACCAUCAAUAGCAGAGGCGAGCCAAAUGCCAAGGUUGUUUAUGCCCAAUUGAAGCACAAGUGGCACUCCGCAUCACAAAUUACAUCACCUGAAGAAGCAUCAGCUGUACGCAACCAGGCACUUAGCAUUUUGCGUGAUUUCACUGCCAGGAAUACUCAAGACCUUCGAUUGAACCCUGAUGAAAUGGCUGUCAGCUUACCUAUCGAUCCAACAUUGCUUCCAGCGGAUGCCGUUGAAUAUGCACGUUUAUUAGCAAGAUGUUAUUUGCGUCAAGGCGAAUGGCAACGAGCACUUUCCUAUGAGUUGACCGAAGAUUCAAUCCAAGAUAUCCUCCGAUCAUUCUUGUUGGCUACACGAUUCGAUCAAAAUUGGUAUAAGGCAUGGCACAAAUGGGCGCUUGCCAAUUUCGAGAUCAUUGAUUACAAUGAGAAGUUGCAUCAAGAUCAGCUACCGCCUCAGAUUUUCAACUUGCAUGUUGUGCCUGCUGUUCAAGGCUUUUUCCGAUCGAUUGCACUUUCAAAGGAAAGCUCGCUCCAAGACACAUUGCGUUUACUUACGCUCUGGUUCAAAUAUGGAUAUCAAGCUGAUGUUAGCAACGCUAUUCGUGAAGGCUUCGAUACCAUCAGCAUUGACGUAUGGCUUCAAGUGAUUCCUCAGCUCAUUGCACGUAUUCAUGCUCCCAAUGCUACUGUGCGUGGCCUUAUUCAUGACUUGCUCACUGAUAUUGGACGUGAACAUCCUCAAGCACUUGUCUAUUCGUUGACAGUCGCAUCCAAAUCACAAAGUGCUAUACGCCGACGAGCAACCUUCAACAUCAUGGAUAGAAUGCGUCUUCAUAGUGCAACGCUUGUUGAUCAGGCGUUGAUGGUGAGUCAAGAGCUUAUUCGAGUGGCUAUUCUAUGGCAUGAAAUGUGGCACGAAGGUCUUGAAGAAGCUUCACGUUUAUACUUUGGUGACCGAAAUGUGGAUGCCAUGUUUGCGACAUUGGAGCCGUUACAUCAAAUGUUGGAUCGUGGACCUGAGACAAUGCGAGAGGAAUCAUUUGUACAAGCGUUUGGACGAGACUUGCAAGAGGCACAAGAAUGGUGCCGACGAUACCAAGAGACACGUGAUCUCAACAAUCUUAAUCAGGCCUGGGAGCUCUAUUAUCAAGUUUUCAGACGUAUAUCACGCCAAUUGCCACAGCUGACAAGCCUCGAAUUGCAAUACAUUUCUCCUCGACUACUAAGGGCACGUGAUUUGGAGUUGUGUGUGCCUGGAUAUUAUCGCAGCGGUGAACCGAUUGUACGCAUUGCCAAAUUCAAUCCAAGCCUGACGGUGAUUCCUUCCAAACAACGACCUCGCAAGUUGACUAUUAUCGGCAGCGAUGGCAAGGAUUACAUGUAUUUGCUCAAGGGCCAUGAGGAUUUGCGACAAGAUGAACGUGUCAUGCAAUUGUUUGGUCUUGUGAACACGCUGCUCAAGAAUGAUCCCGAGACCUUCAAACGACAUUUGAAUAUUGAACGUUAUCCCGCUGUGCCACUCUCGCCCAAUUCUGGUUUGAUCGGAUGGGUGCCUGAUACCGAUACAUUGCAUGCUCUUAUUCGUGACUAUCGUGACAGCCGCAAGAUCCUCCUCAAUAUUGAGCAUAGGCUCAUGUUGCAGAUGGCUCCCGAUUAUGAUAAUCUGACGGUGAUACAAAAAGUGGAAGUGUUCCAAUUUGCCUUUGAAAAGACCAGUGGCCAAGAUUUGUACCGCGUCCUUUGGCUCAAGAGUCGCAAUUCGGAAGCAUGGCUUGACCGACGUACCAAUUAUACGCGAUCGCUGGCGGUCAUGUCGAUGGUGGGAUACAUCUUGGGUCUUGGUGAUAGACAUCCAAGCAACUUGAUGUUACACCGUGUCACAGGCAAGGUGGUGCACAUUGAUUUUGGCGACUGUUUUGAAGUGGCCAUGCAUCGGGAAAAGUUCCCUGAAAAGAUCCCGUUCCGAUUAACACGCAUGCUGGUCAAGGCGAUGGAAGUCAGCGGUAUCGAAGGCAACUUUAGAACUACAUGUGAGCAUGUUAUGCGUGUCCUACGCGAUAACAAGGAAAGUUUGAUGGCCGUGCUCGAAGCCUUUGUCUAUGAUCCACUGAUCAAUUGGCGCUUAUUGAAUAAUACCAACGUCAGCCCUGCACAAAAUCGAGAUGUGCGAAGUAUGGAACGCGUUGCAAGUGAAGAGCUACCGGAAGAAAGCCAUCGUAAUUUCCCUGCAAGUCGACGUUUCAACCGUAUUGAAGUGGAUGCUGUUGCAAAUGAAAACGCACAAGGUCCCGAGACACUUAAUACAAGAGCCGUAGCUGUGGUCACACGCGUUUCCAAUAAGCUAACAGGUCGAGAUUUCAAUCCUCGUGUUACUCUGGAUGUAAGGACCCAAGUUGACAAGCUCAUUCAACAAGCAACCUCAUUAGAGAAUCUGUGUCAAUGUUACAUCGGCUGGUGUGCAUUUUGGUAG